AUGAUUAAAAAACUCCUUUUCGUACAGGUUACUCUAACCAUUAUGGUUCUUUGCUUUACGAAAAGAUUAAAGAAUGAAAAAAAAAUCCUAAGCAUAGUGUGUGUGCAUCUGCAGGGUGUGAAAUAUAGGAAACACAGAAAAUCUUUUGUCCAAUCCCCUAACAAAUUCUUAAAGAAAAAACACAACAUACAAAAAGUGCAUUUAACAAAUAAAAUUUUCAUUUUUGACUUAAGCGAAAAACUUAUAAAUUAUAAAUUAGCCUUUGAACUGCAACACAUUUUACAUCAAUCCAAAAUUAUUUUAAAACAUGAAAAUAAGAUACAUACUUUUUCCAACAAUUCGGAAUGCAGUAAAAUUAAAAAGUUUGAAAAAAAUCUCAAAAAAUAUGAUUUCUGCUUUAUGCUUCAACAUACUCCCUGUUACACCUUAGGAAGCUCAGCGCACUUGAAUGAUAUUCUUUUGGAUAAAAAAAGUUAUUUUGUAGAGGAGUUAGGAGAUAUCAAUAACAACUUCGUAUCAAGCGAUGUUAUUCAAUUUGUUAAUAAAUACGAAUGUAUUAAAAACGAAAUAGAAAAGUGCGAAACUUAUAAUGAAAAAAAAAAUUAUUUUGAGAACUUUUCACAAAAUAUAAAUAAAACAAAAAUACCAAUAUAUCGCAUUAACAGAGGAGGAAAAGCAACAUAUCAUGGACCUGGACAACUAGUCCUAUAUUUUAUUUUAGAUUUAAAAAACUAUACCUCUAAUUAUAGUGAAAGGGACAUUGUCCAUCAGCCCAAACACAAUUAUGAUUACGAAAAAGGAGACAUUAAUAUGGAAGGAUAUAACAAAUACACAUUACCCGAUGAACUGGAUACGAACGAUAUCAAAAAGACAGAACACUCGUUUGACUUACAUAAAACAAUAAAUAAUUUCCAGAAAAUUGGAGUUAAAACUUUGGAAAAGUUUAAAAUAAAUGCACACACCAAAGAAGGUUCAAUCGGAGUUUUUCACAAAGAUAAAAAGCUUAUAUCAGUCGGUGUGAAAAUAAGAAAAUACAUAUCUAUGCAUGGGAUGGCUUUAAAUUUCAACAUUGACAACAAUUUUUUGAAAUAUCUAUUAUCCUGUGGCAUGCGACACGAUGAUUACACUUCAUUGCAUGAGCUAGAUGAAGUAAAAAAUGAAAAAAAAAUAGUUAUCAAAAUGGAGAACGAAAGAGAAAAAGAAACAGCUUUACAGAGUACAUUGCUCAAGGAAUUAGCAGUUAACUUUGCACACUCUAUAAGAACUAUUUAUAAUGCAAAGGUAAAGGUUUCAAAUGACAUAUGCAGAAUUUUUCUUUAA